CGUUUCUUACUCGAAUCCUUCUUCUUCUUCUUAGACCCAAUGGCUCGAUUACGACAACAAAUAAUUAGCCUGCCUAAGAUGUAGCGUGCGUCUGAGUGUCGGCGUCGCUCGGUGUAUUUCGGUGUUGUGAGACACCGACCAGCUGUUCUUGAAGACGCCACGUUUACUGCGGACGCGAUUUCAAGAGCCGGUCGACGUGUAGAUCAGCUAUCGUUACGAAUCAACACGGUAAACGCGCUUCGCUAUCAAGCGGCGUCUGUGACAUUUCGGAGCGCAACGGCCCACGUCAUCAAGUGCCUCUUCUCCAUCCAUGGUGGGUCAUAAGCAAUGCUCCAGAGAAGAUGGGACAAGCUCUGUGUAUCUGCUCUCGCAGUGCCAUCACCAUUGACAACAAGAGAUACUACUUCAUCCAGAAACUAGAAGAAGGAGGUUUCAGCUACGUGGAUCUGGUAGAAGGUGCACAAGAUGGCCGUUUCUACGCUCUAAAGCGCAUUCUCUGCCAUGACCGCGAGGGCCGCAAAGAGGCUCAGACCGAGGUGGAGAUGCACCGCCUUUUCAGCCAUCCCAACAUCCUCAGCCUGACCUCACACACCUUCAUGGAGCGCGGCGGGAAGUGCGAGGCCUGGCUGCUGCUACCCUACAUCAGUAAGGGAAGUCUGUGGUCCGUUCUGGAGAAGCUGCGGGAUAAAGGGGGCUCUAUGACCGAGGGCCGCAUACUACACGUUCUGCAAGGCAUCUGCGAAGGCCUCAGAGCUAUUCACGAUAAAGGCUAUGCACACAGGGACUUGAAACCCACCAACGUUUUACUGGAUGAGAACGAUCGUCCCUUAUUAAUGGACUUGGGCUCCAUGAACAAGGCCAGGAUUGAAGUUCGAGGGUCACGGGAGGCCAUGACGGUCCAGGACUGGGCCGCUCAGAGGUGCACCAUCUCCUACAGAGCACCAGAGCUCUUUAACGUGGAGAGUCACUGUAUCAUUGAUGAAAGAACAGACAUUUGGUCUCUAGGCUGUGUGCUGUACUGCAUGAUGAUGCUGGAGGGACCGUAUGACCUGAUUUUUCAGAAGGGUGACAGCGUGGCUCUCGCCGUCCAGAAUCCGGUCUCCAUUCCACAGCCGUGCAGUUAUUCUCAAGGUCUUCAAACCCUCCUCAGCUCCACUAUGGUGGCCAAUCCUCAAGAAAGGCCCAGAAUCAGCUGGGUCCUUGACCAGGUCCAGAACCUUCGGGACUUAAACGGUACAGACGUAGAUACCGACAGAGUAUGAUGCUACCACUGAGAUGGGAUGUCCGUUUUUCAGUGGACUCUGGACAUUUUGGACUAUGCACUCCGACAAAAACAACCCACUGAACUCACAAGCCUUGCAAACAUUUGCUCUGUCUUACCUCAGUGAGCUCAGCACGCCGUGAACAUGAUCACCCUAGCCUUCACGUCACUGUCUCAUAUCUCACCCCGAAAUCCAUAUUGAGCGAUUAAAUUAAAUUCUGAUUUUGGAGUAAAUUAUGAAAAGGCAUGUUCAUGAUUUAGCGGGAUUCGCUGUUAUGGCACACAAUAUACUGUUAUGGCUCCUUUAUCACAGGCACCGGUUACGUUUCAUCAAAGCAGUUGUUUUUAAAAUUGUAAUUCGGCUUAUGUGUCCUUCAGAUUUAUUAGCUUGUACAUUAUGGAACCAAAACCGAUUUUAGAUGUUUUAAGGGAUAUUAGUUAGGUUAUUUAAACGAGAGUAAAGCAAGUUUUUGGGGGACUUUGUGUUGUAAAAAGGCCCAAAGAUAAAGCUGUGUUACUGCCAUUGGACUUCAUUUGUGAAACAAAAGACUAAAUGGUUAUGCAUGUUGUAGCAUUGAAAAAUAGUUGUGCUCUAGUUUGAAGGAAAAUGCCUGAAAAUUCGUUUUAAGCAACUUGUUUGGCUGUAUGCUCAGCUUUUAUCAGCAAGUCACAGUGGUGUUAGUUAUGCUCAGUAUUUUUUUCAGAUUCGGAGAGGAUGUGUAAAAAAUUAUAAUGCCUCUCACAACUUUAACAGGUACACGUUCGUUUCAUUUAGUAUAAGUUUCUUACAUUUGCUUACAGUAUUAAGGUGUUCUUUAAAAAAUAAUUUCUUUAAUUUUUCAUGCCUAGGUCAGUUCUGUACUCGGUUAUUCAUUUAUUGUAUCUGAAGGCUUCGUGAGGAUGAAUAUCAAAAUAAUGUCUGGGUUAAUAAAUAAUAUUUUGCAUUUGUUGGAUAGUUACUUUUUUGGCAUUGAUCAUGAACCAGACUUAUUUUUAAGAGAUAUAUGCAUUACAUUCUCUUUCAUAAUUCAGGACUAAAUAAACCGAAGCAUUCCAUAUAAAUUGUAGUUGGAAUUUUAUCUGUGAAUAAGGACCUACAUGUGUUUCUGCUUUUUGUUUUAUUUUGUAACGGCAGUAAUUUUCAGAUUUCUUUGUGUCGGCUGUUCUCAUUUUGACUUGGAUUUUGUCAUGUUUCUAAAGGAUGUUUUAACUUGUGGUUGAAAUUCUGUUCAGGACUUAUUAAUUAUGCAAACUUGUUAAUUUAUACGAUAUAAGACUUGAGACGUGUAUUUCGGCAUUCAUUUACACUUAUUUCUUUCCUUUUAUAAACGGUGAAUAAAUUGUGACUGAAACGGCAA